GUAAUCAGCGCGCUCUCAGGUCCGAGGAUUAGCUAAAGGCACGGGAGUUGGUGUGUGUGUUUGUUUUUUUUUCUUAUGACUGCCUGCACUGGCUGAUAUGCAUAUGUGAGCUGCAGCAGAGUCGAGCCGUCUGAAGAGAGCAGAGAGAGAGAGAAACAGAGAGAGCGUGAAGAUGUCUUUUGCAAUGGUGCGUGCGGCCCCCAGCAGGUUCCUCUACUCCGAGAUAAGCAUGCUUUCAGAGGACGAUGAGAACGGCAGUGAGAGCUCAGGCUCGGAUGAGAAGUCCUUCCGUCUGGACGGCGCAGGCUACGACGUCAAGGUGGGCCGUAAGCGCAAGCCUGGCAGCCGACUGGCGGCGCCCCUGCCCCCACCCACCGAAGGCCGGCAGCGAAACGCGGCCAACGCCCGCGAGCGCGACCGUACCAACAGCGUCAACACGGCCUUCACCGCCCUGCGGACGCUCAUCCCCACCGAGCCGGCCGACAGAAAGCUGUCCAAGAUCGAGACGCUGCGCCUGGCCUCUAGCUACAUCUCGCACCUGGGCAAUGUGCUGCUGGUGGGGGAAGCCUGUGGCGAUGGCCAGCCCUGCCACACCACCUCGUCCUUCUACCACCACAGCUCGCCCGGCCGCGACUCCGAGAACUCUCAGCCCAAGCAGAUCUGCACUUUCUGCCUCAGCAACCAGAGGAAACUGAGCAAAGACAGAGAAAGAAAAACCGCUCUAAGAAGUUAA